AUGUCGGAAAUUGAUGUAAAGAUAAGUGACAUCCAAGAGAUCGAGAGUUGCGAGAAUGCCACAACCGGCAAUGAUCAGCGCGCCCGACGUCCAGAGCAUAAAUUGACCAUUGCCGAAAUCUGGAAGAGUCACAAACUCGUUAUCUGGUGGUGCUUUUACUGGGCCAUGGCCGCAGUGGGUUGGGGCUUUGAUGCUCAAAUCAACGGCGCUAUGAUCUCCGUUCCGUCUUUUCGACGUGAUUUUGGAUAUACUGUCGAUGGAGAAGCCAUUCUCCCUGCCAAUUGGCAAUCUGCAUUCAACGUCAUUGGCACCGUUGGCCAAUUUUUCGGUGGCUUCAUAUGCAGCUGGCUGGCAGACAGGAUUGGUCGCAAGAGCUCUCUCUUCAUUGGUGCCAUAGUCUGCAGUGGUGGCUGCAUUGGCGAGAUUUUCUCUUCUACUCGCCCAGCCUUCCUGGGAUCCAAGCUCGUAUUUGGCGUCGGCCUGGGUUUCUAUCUUAGCCUGGCGCCCAUGAUGUCUGGCGAGCUUGCUCCCGUCGCCCUUCGAGGCAUUGCAACUGCUGGAGUAAAUCUUGGAAUCGCCAUUGGUCAGCUCAUAUCCAACUCUGUGGUCAAAGUUUUUGGAGAGAGAGAUGAUCGAUGGGCGUACCGUGGGCCUUUUGCAACACAGAUCUUCUUCGCUCUAUUCCUUCUUGUGUUUCUACCCCUAUCUCCAGAAAGUCCAUGGUAUCUUGUUCGGGUCAAUAAGAUAGAAAAAGCGAAAAAAGUCAUUGCAAGACUUUACGGCGAGAAUGACGCAAUCAGCACACUGGCAGAAAUUGAGGACACCAUCCGACAUGAGGAGCUCCAGGGAACCAAGAAGGCAAGAUUCAUUGACUGCUUUAAGCAAACUAAUAAAAUUCGUACCGGUAUCUCAACUGGAGUUUUCCUAUGUCAACAUUUGGUCGGCAUCAUCUUCGUCCUUGGCUAUUCGACAUACUUCUUCCAGCUAGCCGGCCUUGACGUGUCCAAUUCAUUUGAUCUUGGGGUUGGUGUCACGGCCUGCGGCGUCAUUGGUAACAUUGUUAGCUGGUUUAUCGUCGAGCGUUAUGGUCGCCGGAAGCUCUUUCUGUCCGGCAUGGUUACCCUCACGGCCCUACUUCUACUGAUUGGCAUAAUGGACGUUGUCCCAAAUCAAGCUGCGAAGUGGGUCCAGGCCGCUAGCACUGUUAUUUACGCAUUCGUCUAUUUUCUCACCAUUGGUGCGGUGGCCUUUACUAUCCUUGGUGAGGCAUCAAGUACAGUUUUACGCGCAAAGACAAUUUCUCUUGCGACCGCAACACAGGCUCUUUGUGGCUUAGCUAUGAGCUUUGCUAUCCCGUAUAUGGUCAAUCCAGAUAAAGGGAAUUUGAGAGGGAAAGUUGGGUUCAUAUUUGGAGGAUUGGCCAUAAUUGGUACCAUUGGAAGCUGGGUGUAUGUGCCAGAACUUAAAGGGAAGACGUUCAGUGAGAUUGACCAUCUCUUCACAGAGAAAGUACCUCCUCGGAAAAUGGGCCGUUAUUAG